AUGAGCUCUCUCCAAGGAAAAGUGGCAAUCAUCUCAGGAGCCUCGCGCGGCGUUGGCUGCGCCCUGGCGCGUGGCCUUGCUCGCAAUGGCUGUUCUAUUGCCAAUCUUGACGUAAUCCCCCCUGAGGCGUCGUUUGCCAGUAUAGCAGACGACUUCAAAGUGGCUACGUGCUACGUCCGUUGCGAUGUGAGCGAUGCCAAGGACGUAUCCCACGCCGUCGAGGCCGCCUUCAAGGAGCUGGGAGGCAAGCGGCUGGACAUCUGCGUGGCGAAUGCCGGCAUCAACAAGAACGUGCCAUUCCUCGACACGACGCCUGAGCAGGCACAGGAGCUCUUCAACGUCAACGCGCUGGGCGUCUACUACCUCGCACAGGCCUGCGCCCGUAUCAUGAUCCGCCUGCCACCACCACCAACGCACGAGGGCGAAGAGAGGCAAGCGAAGAGCAGCAGCAGCAAGUCCAUCAUCCUCAUCGCUUCGAUUGCGAGCCACCAGUGCGUGCCGCUGCAGGGCUCGUCGGCCUACUGCGCUACAAAGGGCGCUGUCAAGGCCAUGGCCCCGCCCCUCGCGUUUGAGCUGGCCAAACACGGCAUACGCGUCAACAGCAUCUCGCCCGGCUACGUCCGUACGGACAUGACCAAUGCCUAUCCCGACAUACAGAAGAAGUGGGCAGGCAACGAGACGAUGGUAAAAAGGCUGGCCGAGGUCGAAGAUCUCCAGGGCGUGUGCAACUUCUUGGCGGGCGACGACUCCCGCUAUGUCACGGGCACCGACAUUCUUGUCGACGGUGGAACAAGGGCGAUGUAAGGGGAAGUGCUGCCUUUCUUUCAUAUAAGCACCGCUAGAGCUUGUGUACAAAACAGCUGCGUCAACGAUGGCCGCAAAUUCAUGAAGUUCAUGAUCAUAACGUCUUUGUG